CCACCAUCAUUCUCACUCUGACAAUUGCUUUCGCUUCAUCACAAACAUUCCCCCCUUCAACACUUCUAAUCUUGUCAACUCUAACUUCCCUUUGUCACUCACAUUUCUAUCUUUGGACACUAAUGACAUCAUUCCUAUGGUUGUUGAUUUGAACAAGUCUAAAAAGCAGAAGAGGUUCACAGGAAUUCCCCAUGCCAGACACCUUCGAAGCUUGUCCGUGGACUCUAACUUUUUCUACAAUUUUGGGUUCACUAAUGGUGAAAAUGAGAGAAUCAUUGGGAAAAGUGGAAGUGAGCAAAGGGUGGAGCAUCAACGACAUAACUCAGUGGACAGACCCUCGACUAAGUUAUUUAAGGUAGACUCAGGGAUGGAGAUGAUGGAUUAUAAGAGGAAAGAUCUGACCCUUGAUAAACUCCCUAAACUAGCUCUUGUUGAUCCAAAACAAGCUCGAUCUAACAGGAAAUCAACCAUUCGAUCAAAGUCGAGGAAUAUUCGUUAUGCAACUAUGUUGAAGAGGAAGAUUCUUUACACAACUAUGUUGAAGAGGAAGAUUCGUCAUGCAACUAAGUUAAAGAGGAAGAUGCAAUCUCUUAGGAACUUAAGAAACUAUCCUCUCUUCCCAAAUUACCAUGCUUGACGUAUGUCAUUUCCUUUUUGUUUUAUGAUCAUGACUUUUAACUUUUGGUAACUUGCACUUUCUUGUCAAUGUUUAAUGGAGCUCCCUAGCAUUACAUCAAUUUAUAGUUGUAUGGAUUUACCUUUUUU